GAGGAAAUCCUGGAGGAGAAGAAGAGGGAGGACGACGCAGAAGUGGCCUUCAAUGAAGAUCUAGUCUGCCAGCAUGGAGGACUGUGCUUGUCGGAGGGGGAGAGACGGCUGAUAUCAGACACAGCCUGGCACAAGCUGAAGGAGUAUUUUUCCCUACCGCUCCGGAGUUCCAACACGACCAGGAUCCAUGCAUACAGUGCAAGAUUCUGGAGGAAGAAGGGGAGCAGCAUGACGCUCUUCAUAAAAGAAUGGCGAACGAACAGAAGAUGGCCCUUCCUAACCUCUUCCAGGACAAGAACCGGGCCGACCGGAGGGGCGUGGCCUCAGGUAGGUCCUGCCUUUGCUGGUCGGUCAUUAAGACGUGAAGCCGUCCCGGAGGUAAACCUCUUCUAUUGAUUCGCAGGAGACGUCAGAACUGUAUAUAGUGUCUCAAAUGUUUGUGGAAGAAUGGAGGGAAAUUCAUCAGGCGGCCUACUAAGAGCGGCCCCGUGUCGUCUGUAGGGAACGGCUUCCUCCUGUGUCCUCAUGGCGGCCUCAUGUUCUCCUUCUCCAACAUGACAAAAGAAGAUUCCAAA